GAAAGCCCACCAUUUUUUUGUGCCUUCCUCUUCUAGCUAUCCCCUGCAUCUUUCUUCCUUUUUCCUCUAGCCAAGAUUGAGGAGCAAAGAGCACUCUCCACUUGGAAUCCUUUUCAAUUUCUACUGUCCUCUUCAAUAAGGCACUUGAUUUUCAAAUUCGUAGAUUGGAGUAGCAAUCACCAGCUGGAGAGUUUCGGUAGAGGUCCCUUAUGCUAGUUGUACAUAGCAGAUAGGAGCUCGUGCUUUUGAUAUGGAGGCAGAUCAAUGUGUUACCAAAACGAUGAUUCGACUUUUGAUAUUUUGAAAAACUUUUGAGAAGGGUUUACCUUCAUGAUUUUGUGUAAAUUACUUUUAUGUAUAUAAUAUUUAAACUAAUUAAAUGAGCUUAGCCCAACUUAUUUUAUAAUUUUGAGUAUUUUGACAUUUCCUUAAGACAUUUUUUGGUUAAAGUAGUUUUCCUUUAGGUUAAAUACUUUUUUUGGUCCCUCUACUAUAGGAAAAAGCCCAUUUUUAGUCCCUAUACCGAAAAAAUCCCCUUUUUGAUCCUUAUUGUUUCAAAUCCGACCCCUUUUUGGUUCUUCCGUUAAAUUUUGGCUGAUGUGGCAAAUCUCGUUAGGAUCUUUGCAAACCCAGCAUUGGGUUUGCACUGGGUUUGCUUGGUUUCGUGAUGGGAAACCAGCACUUGGGUUCGCGUGGGUUCGUGAUGCGAACCUAAUGCCUGGGUUCGUGUGGGUUCGUGACGCUAACCCAGCACCUAGGUUCGCAAAACAAACCCAGGAUCUAGGCUAGGUUUGUGACGAACCCAAGAUCUAGGUUGGGUUCACAACGAACGCAGCUCCUGGUUUCAUCUACUGAUUAUGUUUGAAUGCUAAGACUUUGUAUUUCGUAUUCCAUUUUUUGUUUUCAUUGUCUCUGAACAUGAAUGAUGUGGAUUUAGCUUUUGAAUUUCAUCUAAUGAUUAGAUCGUUCUUAGGAAUGAUUUUGAGUAUUGUAGUUGGAGAUUCGAAUCUCUUCUGUUAUGUAUCUUGGUUUUUAUAUUAGAUUUUAGCUUGCAUCUACUGAUUCUAAGUAU